AUGCGGCACUCACGACUCCUCUGCCCAAUUACAUCAACUACCUUGAAUGCAGUACCCACCACCUGUUCAUAUCCUAUUCCUUCUUAUUAUCCCACUAAUACCCCGUCUUCUUCUUCUUCUCGUCAACCACAAAAUCCAUUAUUAUACCCUUAUCCGUAUCCUAGAAAUCCUCCGCCACCACCUCCGCCGCCGCCAAGUACCGAAUUCUUUGUAUGA